AUGAAGAAAAUGUGUGCUUUAACUAUUUCAUUUUUGCUUCUGAAGUUUUCUCUCAUCUUGUGUUGUUUGAAAGAACCCAUUUGCUUUUGGAGGAUAAAAAGUAGUGAAUAUAAUGAUGGAAAUUUGCAAAGUGAGUGUGGUUAUUUCGUUUGGACAAUGAAGAAACUUAUGAAAGAUGAUUUUUAUAAUGUAUGGUUGGAUUUUAGAAUACCAGCAAGUGAAUACGAGUUUGUUCUGGUAAUGUUUUUUGCUACUAAUGAGAUCAACAAGAAUCCUGAUCUUUUACCAAACACCUCUUUGGUAUUCUCUGUCAUGGCUGGUAACUGUCAAGAUUCAUUGGGAAAUCUGGAUAUACAAUAUAUGCUAACAAAUGACAGCCUGAAUUAUGUUAAUUAUGUCUGUGACAUAGAUGAUUCAUGUGCCAUAGGCCUUACAGGACCAUCAUGGAAAACAUCCUUAAAACUGGCAAUUGAUUCUUGGACACCAACGGUUUUCUUUGGACCAUUUAAUCCUAAACUGAGUGACCAUGACCAUUUUCCCUAUGUCCAUCAGAUAGCCACCAAGGACACACAUUUGUCCCAUGGCAUGGUCUCCUUGAUGCUUCAUUUUAGAUGGACUUGGAUAGGACUGGUCAUCUCAGAUGAUGACCAGGGUGUUCAGCUUCAUUCAGAUUUAAGAGAAGAAAGCCAAAGGCACGGUAUUUGUUUAGCUUUUGUGAAUGUGAUCCCAGAAACCAUGAAGAUAUACAUGACAAGGGGUAAUAUGUAUGAUAAACAAAUUAUGACAUCUUCAGCAAAGGUUGUUAUCAUUUAUGGUGAAAUGAACUCUACACUAGAAAUUAGCUUUAGAAGAUGGGCAUAUUUAGGUGCUCGGAGGAUCUGGAUCACAACCUCACAAUGGGAUGUUAUCACAAAUAAAAAAGAUUUCAGCCUUGAUCUCUUCCAUGGUACUGUCACUUUUGCACACCACAAAGGUUGGAUUGCUAAAUUUAAGAAUUUUAUGCAAACAAUGAACACUUCCAAAUACCCAAUAAACAUUUCUCAGUCAGUACUGAGGUGGAAUUAUUUUAAUUGUUCAGUCUCUAAGAACAGCAUUAAAAUGGAUCAUUUCACAUGCGAAAACCCAUUAGAAUUGACAGCACUGCACAACUAUGACAUGGCCCUGAGUGAUGAAGGUUACAAUUUGUAUAAUGCUGUUUAUGCUGUGGCCCAUACCUACCAUGAGCACAUUCUUCAACAAGUAGAGUCUCAAAAAAUGGCAGAAGACAAAGGAGAAUACACAGAAUGUCAGCAGUUGGCUCCCUUGCUGAAAACUAGGGUAUUUACUAACCCUGUUGGAGAAAUGGUGAACAUGAAUCAUAGGGAAUAUCAGUGUGCAGAGUAUGACAUUUUCAUCAUUUGGAAUUUUCCACAAGGCCUUGGAUUAAAAGUGAAAAUAGGAAGCUAUUUUCCUUGUUUCCCACAGAGUCAACAACUUCAUAUAUCUGAAGAUUUGGAAUGGGCCACAGGAGGAACAUCAGUACCCUCCUCCAUGUGCAGUGUGACAUGUACUCCUGGAUUCAGGAAAAUUCAUCAGAAAGAAACAGCAGACUGCUGCUUUGAUUGUGUUCAGUGCCCAGAAAAUGAGGUUUCCAAUGAAACAGAUAUGGAACAGUGUGUGAGAUGUCCAGAUGAUCAAUAUGCCAACUUAGAGCAAACCCAUUGCCUCCAAAGAGCUGUGUCAUUUCUGGCUUAUGAAGAUCCAUUGGGGAUGGCUCUGGGCUGCAUGGCACUGUCCUUCACAGCCAUCACAAUUCUAGUACUAGUCACUUUUGUGAAGUACAGGGAUACUCCCAUUGUGAAGGCCAAUAACUGCAUUCUCAGCUACAUCCUACUCAUCUCUCUAGUCUUCUGCUUUCUCUGCUCAUUGCUCUUCAUUGGACAUCCCAACCAGGUCACCUGCAUCCUGCAGCAGACCACAUUUGGACUAUUUUUCACUGUGGCUGUUUCUACAGUGUUGGCCAAAACAAUAACUGUGGUCAUGGCUUUCAAGCUCACUACUCCAGGAGGAAGGAUGAGAGGGAUGAUGAUGAUGACAGGGGCACCUAAGUUGGUCAUUCCCAUUUGUACCCUAAUCCAACUUGUUCUCUGUGGAAUCUGGUUGUUAACAUCUCCUCCCUUUAUUGACAGAGAUAUACAAUCUGAACAUGGGAAGACUGUCAUUUUUUGCAACACAGGCUCUGUCCUUGCCUUCCAUGUUGUCCUGGGAUACUUGGGUUCCUUGGCUCUGGGGAGCUUCACUGUGGCUUUCCUGGCUAGGAACCUUCCUGACAGAUUCAAUGAAGCCAAGUUCCUAACUUUCAGCAUGCUGGUGUUCUGCAGUGUCUGGAUCACCUUCCUCCCUGUCUACCACAGCACCAGGGGGAAGGUCAUGGUGGUUGUGGAGGUCUUUUCCAUCUUGGCUUCUAGUGCAGGGUUGCUAGGGUGUAUCUUUGUCCCAAAGUGUUAUGCUAUUUUAGUUAGACCAGAUUCAAAUUGUAUACAGAAGUACAAAGGUAAAUUGCUUUACUGA